AUGACGAGUGGAGGCCCAGAACUAUCACAUCACCUUGUGAGUGGGUGGAUGAUUAUCGUCCAGGUGGUUAACAUCCCGUCGUCCUCGGCGACAUCUUCAACAACGGCCGGUACAAGGUCAUCCGAAAGCUCGGCGAAGGCUGCUACUCCACGCAGAUAUGUCGCCCUGAAGAUCCUUGUGUCAGGAAUCCCGAGAUCGACAACCGAGCUACGAACCUUACGCCAUAUCGCCAAAUUCGCGCCAGGAGAAGAGGCCUCGCGGCUGCUAGGCGAGUUUGAACACCACGGCCCCAGUGGUGUCCACAAGUGUCUGGUAUUUGAGGCCAUGGGUCCGAGUGUGAACAAUAAGGUUGAAGAGCCGUCGGAGUUUAAGCCUCGCAGACGCGACGAAGAGACCCUCACCUGCGAAGAUUUUGCUUGA